AUGCAAAAAGUCUUUAUUGYAUUCCAGUUGAUGAAAUAUGUGUUAGCGGGGACAGCACCAAUUGAACCUAAAGAGUUAAAUAAUGAAAACAAAGAGCUAAUAUCCCAUGGAGAAUUUUUUGAUAUCCAGAAAUAUCCAUUCGUGGUUUAUUUUAAAUAUACGAAAUCCAAUGAAUAUGAGGGUAUGUGCACGGGGUCGUUGAUUUUACCACUAUUCGUGUUAACCGCUGCACAUUGCACAAACAAAGUUGAUAAAUAUAAUAUAGUGGUGUACCGAUAUAUAAAUAUGAGUAGGAAGUUGAAGAGAUAUGUUAAAAAAAUAUAUCAACACGAAUCAUAUGAUGAUUAUACGGGAAGAAAUGAUAUCAGUUUAUUGAGGAUAGAAUAUGCGUUUAACGAUGUGAGCCAUUAUAUAAAUGUAUCUGGUCAUCCUAAUGAAUUUAGUAUUGCGAAGAAUUUAAAUUGCAUAGCUAUUGGAUAUGGCCAAACUGAAAAAUCUAUGAAUUAUGAAAAUGUUGGAUAUAUGACUAACUUAAGUGUAAUGUAUGGUCAUAUAGAGUGUCUAUUUCACCUUUUACCCACAACAGAAUUCUUUUCGAAUAUAACAUUGUGUUCGAAACCAAAUAUUCAUAAUCUAUGCCCUGGUGAUAGCGGAGGACCAUUGAUUUGUAACGGAUAUUUAUAUGGAUUAGCUAACUUCAUAUACAAUGCACAUAAUUUAGGAGGAGUGAAAUGUGGAAGCUCUCACCUCCAAUCUGGAUAUUUAUUUGCAUCAACAACAAGAUUAUUAGCUGGAUAA